AUGUCAAAUCUCAAAGAGUUCGAGAGCUUCUUCUCGCUUCAAGGGAAAGUUGCACUGCUUGGUUGUAAAGGCACAGUGAUAGGCAUCCCCGCGAAUGUUGCCGACGAGAAAGGCAUUCAGCAACUCGUACAGGAAGUGAAGAAAACCGAGUCAAAGCUAGACAUCCUCGUGGCCAAUGCAGGUGCAACUUGGGGUGGGCCCUUUGAUCCCACACCAGACUGGGCCAGUGCAAAGGUGCUCGACUUGAAUGUUCGUGGUGUUUUCAAUCUCAUCAGAUUAUUCGCACCAAUGUUGGAAGCGGCAGGCACGCCUUCAGAUCCUGCACGUGUGAUCAUUGUCAGUUCUACCGCUGGUAGCAAUGUCCACCAUGUGGGAGAUCACGGCACCAUUAUGUAUUCAGCCUCCAAGGCGGCUGCAGACCAUAUGGCUCGAAAUCUGGCCGUGGAGCUGGGUCCGCGAAAUAUCACCACCAAUACCGUCAAGCCUGGAUUUUUCCCAUCCAAGCUCGCAAGUGGUCUUAUUGACAUAUUGGGUGGUGAAGAGGAACUUUCGAGGACUAACCCCCGAGGAAGGCUGGGUUUGCCCGAAGACAUUGCAGGAGUGAUGCUCUUCCUCGCCUCUCCUGCAGGAAGCUACGUCAACGGCGAGGAUAUAUCGUUGGAUGGAGGUGCUAGAUUAUCUUCAGGUCGGCUCACCAAGCUGUGA